UCCGGCUAGUGCACCAACAGACACAUCACAUACUGUUAGAAAGGUCGGGUCUGUGCGCGUGCGCCACCUUUGACAAGUCCGCAUGCGCAGAAAGUGCGAGAGUGACUCAGUAGGAGAAGUGCAAAGACUGUGCGUGGGUUAAUGUGUGCGUCACUGAACAAAAACCACAUACACACCCACUCUCAUAACAAAUACCCAAUUGAUCACCUGUAAUGCCCAUGUACAGCUGUGUUGUGUGCAUCUUGGUUGCAAAUUACUCUUAUUCUAAGAGAAAUUAAACUCUUUGGAUGGAACUGAUCGGACCCUGUGUUUUGACUGACACCCCCUGAGCAAGGCUGGAUAUCAGACCUCACCUAAUACAGUCUUUUUAGUCACACUCCAAAACAAUGGUCCUUCGAGCCGGAUCUGGCAUUUUUUCAUGGACAAAGAAUUGAUCAGUAGCAACAUGCAACCAGAAGAAGCAUCUGCAAAGGUAGUAAGACCCAAACGUCAGGUUCAUCCUCCUGCCUACCUUAAAGACUAUGACCUCACGACUGUACAUCAAAGACAAGUCAGUCAGCCAGUAUCCCCUCACACAACACAGUGUACACAAGGGCAUGGAGAUGGUGCAGAAAACAUCCUCUCACUUUCUUCAAGAGUAUCGAGUCCGAUUAGUCAAGGUCCAUGGGACACCUUGGAUGAAUGGCCGGAUGCCUACGAGAGGGAACAAUCCUUUCAGAAUGUGGAUGGCACUAAACUGCAGCCGCCUAGUCCCAAUUACACCCCACUGCAGUCUAUUCCCCAUCAUCAGCCUUCUCCAUAUUACCGGCCAUGGGAAGUUCAGCAGCCCACUCCUUUACCACAGACAUCCUACACUAAAGAGGAUAGGCCUCCCAUGCAUACAUUGACUAAGUCAAGGCUCCAGCCAAUCUAUGGUCAGCAACAACAGACAGCACCCUCCCUGAGGCCACCCCAACCCUUUCCUAUUAUGACUGGAGGCUCCUCACUCAGUUUGAAUCAGGGGACUGUUUACCAAAAUCUGCCCAAACCAGCAGAAAGAAAAACUGUAGAUCCUCAGAUUGACUCUAACAUGCUAGACAUUUUGGGUAAGAUGAUGAGUGAAAUCCAAAUCAUGAAAGAUCAGAUUCAGGCUUCUACACCUGUUAGACCACAGAUAAAUCCAGCCCAGUGGCGUGAGUGCAACUACCCAAGUCCCUCUCCUUUGAAGCAUCCUGAGGAAACCAGUUCCAUUCCUUAUCAGAGAAGAGCUCAGCCACUAGCGGGUCACCAGCCAGAUAAUCCUGUCUCUCAUCAGUAUUCGAGAACAUUAUAUGAGCACCCUGGAGAUACUUUUACACAUCCUGAGAAAGUGCAUUUUCAGUCCAAGCAGACCGUUGGGCCGAAACCAUCACAGAGAGCUCUUUAUUUCUCAAACACGAAUCCUGCAGGACGGGAAACAACAUACCGUGGUCCAGUGCCAACCAUACCAGACUUUAGCACCAAAGAUCCUAGUGAGUUUACACGGUUGAAAAUAGCCCUUGAGAACCUCUUACCACCUGACGCUACAGAACUAUUCAGAUACCAAAUCCUGUUAGAUCAUCUGAGGCUGGAUGAAGCUCGCCUGGUGGCAGACUCUUACCUCAAUUCAUCAUUCCCAUACUCAAACACCAAGGCUGCCAAAGAAGAUUCCUGCCUUGUCAGCUCGACUGCAGAGACCCUGUACUUGGAUAGACCCACUGACUGCAGACGUGUUCUCCUGAAAGUCAUCAGAGUCUUGCUACGCUACGGAGAAAAAACGCUCGACACCUAUGCUGUCAUGGAUGACGGGUCGGAGCGGACUAUACUUCUUCCUGAUGCCGCCAGUGGGCUCGGAAUACAAGGCCAAGCUGAAAGCAUAGCUUUACGGACAAUUCGCCAAGAGGUGCAGACUGUCAGUGGUGCGUCGAUUUCCUUUCACAUAUCUCCAGCAAAUCAGCCUCAGAAGAUGUUUAAGAUUACAGCUGCCUUUACUGCCAAACGCCUUGGUUUGGCUAAUCACUCGUAUCCUUUGAGCAUCUUUAAGAAAUAUAAACACCUGAGAGAUCUCCCUCUGCACACCUUUGAAAAAGUAUGUCCUCUACUGCUCAUUGGGGCUGAUAAUACCCACCUGAUAACACCAAUAGAACCUGUCCGUCUUGGCCCACCCGGUGGUCCGGCUGCCAUUAAAACAAGGCUUGGAUGGACCCUGCAGGGACCAGUUAAGCUCCUGGAGACUCAGUUGCAGCCACAACAGUGCCUUUUCCUGUCUCUUAGUCCCGCAGAAUUGGAACUCAAACGAGAUGUUGAGAAGUUAUGGCAACUUGAUGUUCUGCCUUUCCGAAGUGAGAAGCAGGUCACAAGAUCCAGGGAGGAUCGGCAAGCCAUCAACCUUCUAGAGACCAAGACAACUCGUGUGGAGGUAAAUGGGAUAUUACGCUAUGCGACACCCUUGCUGCGCAGAAAAGAUUUUCCCUUUUUCCAUGCUCCGAAGGAGGCGGUGAUGCCAAGCCUCAGAAAUAUGGAGCGACGACUGAUUCAAACUCCUGAGAAAGCAGCCAUAUACAACACAGAGAUAGAGAAGUUGGAACUGAGUGGCGCAGCUUCUAGACUUCCCCCAGAAGGAGGCAAUGUAACAGGGGAGUCUUGGUAUAUACCACACCAUUUGGUCAGCCAUAAUGCAAAGGACCGUGUUGUGUUUAAUUGCUCCUUCCAAUACAAAGGCCUGAACCUGAAUGAAUCACUGUUACCUGGUCCGGUCUUGAGCCCCUCUCUCCUGGGUGUUUUACUUCGAUUUAGAGAGCAUAGUGUAGGUAUCAGUGGUGACAUCCGGGGGAUGUUUCACCAGGUCCUGCUUUUACCUGAGGACAGGCCCCUCCUGCGCUUUCUCUGGCGCGGCAUGAGACGAGACGAACCACCUGAUAUCUAUGAAUGGCGAGUACUGCCAUUCGGCACCACGUGCAGUCCGUGCUGUGCAACCUUCGCCCUUCAAAAACACAUCUCAUUGCACAGCACACCAGAUGAAGAUGUGAGACAUUCCGUGGAGAGAUGCUUCUAUGUGGAUAACUGUCUUCAGAGCUUACCAUCUGCUCAAGAAGCAAGGCAGUUACUGGACAAACUUCGUAAACUACUAGCAACUGGAGGGUUUGACAUCCGCCAGUGGGCCAGUAAUGUGCAAGAUGUCGUCAGUCACUUGCCAACAGAUGCCAAAUCUUCGGAGUUAGAACUAUGGCUUUCACAUGAUAAAGUAGAUCCACGUGAAUCCACCUUAGGAUUAAGUUGGCACUGUGAGUCAGACAACCUAGGAUUCAAGCACAGACCUGUUAACUAUGGAGCUCUGACAAUGCGGAACAUAUAUCGUGUGUUAGCAAGUCAGUAUGAUCCCCUUGGUGUCAUUCUUCCCUUUACCACUCGAGCAAAGGUGAUUGUUCAGCAGCUUUGGGUCAAGAACAGAAAUUGGGAUGACCCACAACUCCCUGAGGACGUUCAACGAGCAUGGAAAGUAUGGGAAGCUGAGCUUCAGUAUUUACCACUUGUAGUACUCCCUCGAUGCUACACACCAUACAGCAUGGACCACCCUGAAGUCACUCAUGAGAUCCACAUUUUUACUGAUGCUUCAGAGAAAGCAUAUGGGGCAGUUGCUUACCUUCGUUCCAAAGAUCCUAGUGGGAGAGUAAACCUUUCCUUUCUCCUGGCCCGGUCCCGUGUUGCCCCACGUAAGCAGUGCUCCAUACCUAGGCUUGAGUUGUGUGCCGCUCUCGUAGGAGCACAGUUGGCCAAACUCAUUGGAACUGAGCUUACCCUGAAAGCCCAAAGGGUCACAUUCUGGACUGAUUCAACAACUGUCCUUCACUGGUUACAUUCAGAAUCAUGCCGCUUCAAGGUAUUUGUGGGUAACAGGGUAGCAGAGAUUCAAGAAUUAACGGACCUUAAGGCAUGGCAUUACAUUGACUCCACAAGGAAUCCUGCAGAUGAUCUAACCCGUGGCAAGAAUCUGAAGGACCUCACUGAACGGAAUCGAUGGACCCAGGGACCAGAAUUUCUCCUCCAACCUCAGAGUAGUUGGCCAUCACCUCCAGCUAAGCACAGCCUGGAAUCUGAUGAUAAAGCUGAGUUAAAACGAGCUAUCUUCUGUGGUGUGAUUAACUCCGCACCACAAACUGCAGAUGGUAGUAAAUUUAGCAGCUGGAAGGACUUGAUUGAGUCGGUGGCACAGGAGCUGCAUGGGGCGGCACUGCAAAAUGGUUCUCCUCCAGCCAGUACUUACCAAAAGGCAGAGCUGAUUGCACUGAGAAAGGCCCAAAUGGACAGUUUUCCAGAGGACUACCAGUUGUUAAAGAGUAGUAAGCCUGUUCGUUCUAACAGCAGACUCCUUUGUCUCUCUCCAGAGUUUGAUCAAACCAGUAAUCUAAUUCGAGUCGGAGGACGAUUAAGACGUGUAGAAGGCCUCGAUCCAAGUGCAGUACACCCUAUUGUGUUGGAUCCCAAUCAUCCUAACACCCGUUUACUCAUCAAAGAUCAUGAUACUCGCCUUUGCCAUCCAGGACCGGAACGAGUGUUUGCAGAGCUGCGCCGAAGUGUGUGGAUCUUGAAAGGCAGAGAAGCUGUAAAGAAACACCAGCGAACAUGUCUUGAAUGUUGUAAAUGGAGGUCAAAGCCAGCUUCACAGAAAAUGGUCGAUCUUCCUCCAUCUAGACUUCGGUUAUUUAAACCUGCAUUCCAUUCAACUGGAAUGGAUUGUUUUGGACCAUUCUUGGUCAAGGUGGGACGUCGGACAGAGAAGAGAUGGGGCCUUUUAUUCAAAUGCCUGACCACUCGGGCUGUGCACCUCGAAGUUCUGACAUCAAUGGAUAGUGAUGCAUUCCUCAUGGGACUGCGACGGUUCAUAGGUCGACGUGGGAAACCGGCAGAGUUAUACUCAGACCAAGGCACCAACUUCCGAGGUGGUGAGACAGAACUUAAAGAGGCAUUUCGUCAGCUAAGUCAGGAUUUACAGCAGCAGUUAGCUAAACAACAGAUUAGCUUUCAUUUCAAUCCUCCUUCUGCUCCACACUUCGGAGGGGUGUGGGAACGAGAGAUUCGUUCGGUUAAGGCUGCACUUUACACAACUCUGGGAUCAGAUACAGUGACUGAAGAAGUUCUUCAAACUGUCCUCAUAGAAAUCGAGGCCAUCCUAAACUCCAAACCACUUGGGUACGUAUCAGCGGACAUUGCUGAUUUAGAUCCGAUCACCCCAAAUUGCCUUCUGAUGGGGCGGCCAGAUGGUUCCCUGCCCCAAGUUAUCUACCCAAUAUCAGAACUCCUAGGAAGACGGAGAUGGAGGCAUUCACAAGUGUUGGCUGACAGAUUCUGGACGGCCUUCAUAAGGCACUACUUACCAGGAUUGCAAACCAGAGGGAAGUGGCAUAACCCAUCAGCAGACAUCAAACCCGGAACAGUCGUCAUGCUGGUUGACCCUCAGAUGCCUCGGUCAUUCUGGCAAAUUGGCAGAGUAGUAAAGAUCUUCCCUGGGGCUGAUGAUCGUGUACGAACAGCUGAGAUCCAGAUAAAGGACAAAGUCUACACAAGACCCAUAGCACGCCUAGUAAUACUGCCAGAGAUCCCUAAUGAUCCAGAUGACACUCCUGCCGGUAACUGAGACUGUAUAAUGUCGGCCUUUCAACAGAGCAAAUUUCAAUCCAAAUUUGGGGGCGGCAGUGUUAGAAAGGUCGGGUCUGUGCGCGUGCGCCACCUUUGACAAGUCCGCAUGCGCAGAAAGUGCGAGAGUGACUCAGUAGGAGAAGUGCAAAGACUGUGCGUGGGUUAAUGUGUGCGUCACUGAACAAAAGUAAGUUUUCUGAUUAUUAAGUUAGUAAUAACUGUUAGUUGAACAGUUCCUUAUAAAAUGUGUUUAUUGUGUUUGCAUGUUAGCACGUUGUUUAAGCAUUUAUCUGUGUUAAUCGCUAAUCGCACACGUUCGAGCACAUUUGAAUAUGCCUUUCUGUCAUGAUGAUAAUGAUUCGAGUUCUCUCAAACUAUGGUGUAAUGAUGUGAACGAAUGUCAGAUUUAGUAUCCCACUGUGUGUAACUGCAAUAUUAGUAACUUAAUCGCUGUUUAUUUGAUCUUUAUGGACGCGAUGUUCAUGCUUAUGUGCAGUUAUGCAAAUUACCUCAUAAGCGGUUUGAGUAUGAAAGCAGUUUCCAUUUCUAACCACAAGGUGGUAGUGGUGUUACAAUGUUUAUUGUUCAUUUAGUGUUCUUUGAUAAUUUAACCUGAGGAUAUAAUAAGAAACUAAGUAUUUAAUGUGAAUGUCUUUGUAAUAAUAUUUUGAAACAUGUAACUUAUUACAAUUCUUAUUUCUUUUCUAUUGUAGACCACAUACACACCCACUCUCAUAACAAAUACCCAAUUGAUCACCUGUAAUGCCCAUGUACAGCUGUGUUGUGUGCAUCUUGGUUGCAAAUUACUCUUAUUCUAAGAGAAAUUAAACUCUUUGGAUGGAACUGAUCGGACCCUGUGUUUUGACUGACACCCCCUGAGCAAGGCUGGAUAUCAGACCUCACCUAAUACAGUCUUUUUAGUCACACUCCAAAACACAUACACAAUUCCAAUUAAAUGUUUAUUCAACAAUGCUAUCCUUCUCUAAACUGAUGACGUUAUCGAAUGUUGCCGGAUUAGAAAAUCGAUCAAAA